CGACGUUUUCAAGAUUCGGAUUUCAAGUUCACCCUUGAGACCCUGUUGGACUGUUCACUUGAUUUGGCAAGGGAUUGAAGAGAGGUGAAGGUUGUAACAAGUUCAAUUCUCUCGUGUCUGCCUAUUGACCCAACUCCUCUGACCACAGAGGUCUUAACUUAUUAUCGAAAUAAGCCUUCUGAUUAACCAAAGAUGGGUGACGAUUGGGACGAUGUGAUCACUGCUCCAGCUAAAAGUAGUGCUGGAGGUUCAUGGAAUGAUAACAACAAUAAAGGAGGAAUGAAACCACCUGCUGGUAGAGGAAGAGGAGCACCUACGACAGUUAGCCAGAUGAGCACUGUUAGGGCAGCCUCUGAUGAUGAAUGGGGAGCUGCAGCGAAUCCUGCUUCUAGCUCGAAUGGAUUGGAUGCUCCAGGAAAGUCCACUGGAAAUUCUAAUGGUUGGGGUGCUUCAACUGCUCCUGCCAGCUCUGGUGGCUGGGAUGCACCCACUCAAAACUCUCAAUUCAAUAAUGAUGUGGAAGACCAGCCACGAGGUGGUGGAUUUGGAAGCUCUGCAGGUGGAGGUGGAUACAAAGGUGCUGGAGGAGGAGGCAGUCGUGCUUGCUACAAGUGUGGAGAAGAAGGACAUAUGUCUAGAGAAUGCCCUAAUCCAAAUAGUGGUGGUGGAGGUGGAGAUCGCACAUGUAAUAAGUGUCAACAGCCUGGACACAUGGCAAGGGAUUGCCCAACAGGAGGUGGUGGUGGAGGUGGAGAUUUUACAUGUCGUAAGUGUCAACAGCCUGGACACAUGGCAAGGGAUUGCCCAUCGGGAGGUGGAGGUGGAGAUGGUGCAUGUCAUAAGUGUAAAGAAACUGGACACAUGGCAAGGGAUUGCCCAACGGGAGGUGGCGGUGGGCCUCGUACGUGUAACAAGUGUGGAGAUGCUGGACACAUCGCAAGGGAAUGCCCAUCAGGUGGUGGUGGAGAUACCAAAUGCUUCAAGUGUAAAGAGGAAGGACACAUGUCAAAGGAUUGCACAGUGGAAAGCAAGUGCAACAAUUGCUACAAACUUGGUCAUAGUACAAAAGAAUGCCCGGACGAAUAUAAUUCCCUAACUGAGGAUGGAAAACCACGCGAGAAAUAUACACCGCCAGAUAUGACUACCGAUGAAAAUGAAUUGUUCAAGGGGAUUUCAUCCGGAGAACACUUCCACAACUUUGAUAAAGUUGCUCUUCAGGUGACCGGACAAAAUAUACCACAGUACAUUACGUCUUUCGAAGAAGCUGGCUUGCGUCCAUUGUUGCUGCAGAACAUAAAGAAUUCAGGAUAUGUUAAACCUACCCCCGUUCAGAAGGGGUCAAUUGCAGUUAUCUUGGCUAAAAGAGAUUUGAUUGCCAGUGCGGUCACUGGAUCUGGAAAAACGGCUGCAUACUUGGUUCCGGUGAUGAAUAUUUUGUUAGAGCAAGGAAUUGCUGGUGGCUCUCACGGCAUGGUUCAGAAGCCUGAAGUUGUGAUCCUUGCACCCACUCGCGAGUUGGCCAUUCAAAUUCAUCGCGAAGCCUACAAAUUUGCAUACAAUUCUGUGUUGAAGUCUGUGAUAAUCUACGGUGGAACUGUUUCUAGUAAUCAAAGAAGUAAUCUUCAAGCUGGUUGCAACAUUCUUGUGGCAACGACCGGUCGACUUAAGGAUUUUCUUGACCGUGGUGUGUUCGACUUUUCCGCUGUAAAGUUUUUGAUUUUGGACGAAGCGGAUCGUAUGCUCGACAUGGGAUUUGGACCCGAUAUUGAAAAAAUUGCUGCUCAUCCAACCAUGCCCCCAAAAGGAAUUCGUCGCACUUGCAUGUUUUCAGCCACUUUUCCAGAGGAAGUCCAAGCAUUGGCUGCCAAUUACAUGGAGGAUUACAUUUUCGUGACUACAGGAACUGUGGGCGGAACUAAUCCCGACGUCCAGCAAACGUUUUACGAAUGUGCGCGCAAUGAAAAGAGGACCAAAUUGAUAGAAAUCCUUCGUGAAUUGGGAGAAGCUAAGACUAUUGUGUUUGUCGACAGCAAGAAAACGGCAGAUUUCGUUGCUGUAUUUUUGUGCAAUAGCGAUAUCCAGGCUACGAGUAUCCACGGUGACCGUCUUCAGAGUCAACGCGAAACAGCACUUCGUGAAUUCAGGACUGGUAUACGUAAUGUUCUGGUUGCCACUAAUGUCGCUGCACGUGGAUUAGAUAUUGAGGGCGUCAAGUACGUUAUUAAUUACGACCUUCCUGGUGAUAUUGAGGAAUAUGUGCAUCGCAUUGGUCGAACUGGUCGUGUGGGUAAUGUUGGACAAUCGAUUAGUUUCUUUGAUGUAGAGAAAGAUGGUCCUAACGCGGGCAAGCUAGUUUCAUUGCUUUCAAAGUCCAAUGCUGAUGUCCCUGCAUUCUUGCAAGCGUUGGUGUCCGGAAUGGGUGGAAUGGGUCUUGAUUACAAUGCACCUUCGACUCAGGGUGGUUUCGCUAGUCGUGACAUGCGUCGGUUUGGUGAUAAACCUGUAGGAGGUGGCGGAGCUGCUCGUCCAACCGAAGCUGAGGAGAGCUGGGACUAACGAACUUUCAACGGCGCCUCUUCAUUAUUCUAAAUUUUUGUUUAACGUUUGGAGUUCUCCAAAUUAAAAAAAGAAAAGAAAUCUCAUCCAAGAAAAUCUUGGAAUUCCCUUACUAAGAAUCAAUUUGUCGCAAUGUUAUUAUGUGUUUAUUUUUCUAACCCAGAUUACGAAUACAGAACAAAUUUCCUUUGUUAAA